UAUUUAUUUUUAUGAAUGAAAAAAAGAAAUGGAAGUUUCUAUUAAAUCAAGCUGAUGUUUCAGUUAAUGCUCGGUUGAGUUGAGUUUCUUUUUCAUUUUCUCUGCUCAUGGCGUAGAAUGUCAAGAAGUUCUGUUUCUUUUCUUUUCCUUCACAUUCUUAGCUUCCAAACGCGGCUUAUAGAAGAAAAUGUGCUUCAAACAAAUUCCAGGCUUUUGCUGUACGUUAAAUUUGUUUAUAGGAUUAAAGAUAGUAUAAAUUAAAGUAUAAGAAUUCACUACCAUUUCUGAUCCUCUGUAGCCGCCGUUUUGCUCAGGGUUUUUGCUACUAUAUGCAUACUAUGCUCGCAUUUGAGGCAGUUUUGGUUACACCAUCAAUUCAAUUAGAUAGAUUGUUUAAGACAUUGUUGAGCAUUUUAUCUAGCCAGUAUUAGGUUAUUUCGUACUUUUGUAUGUUUUUUUUUUCUCCUUGUUUCACUUAAAAGGUUUAUGUAUGAAGUCUUUGCUUCAUUUUUUUUACUUUCUUUUUCAAGAGGUUGAAGUAUUCUAACUCCUCAUUUAUUGCUGUAACAUUAUCUUGUGUGAUUUUUUCUUUUUCAUGUUUGUGCUUGGUUAUAGUGAUUCGAAUUUUUAAUGUCAUUUCUAUUAACUAAGCUUUUAAUUUUUCAUCAGAUCAGUGAAAAAUGCCAGAAAUUCAAUUGGGUGUACACACUAUAAGAUCCCAUGGAGUUAGAGUGGCAAGAAUCCAUAUGUAUGACUGGCUAAUUCUUUUGCUUCUUGUGGUGGUAGACGUCAUUCUGAACCUUAUAGAACCAUUUCACCGUUUUGUUGGAGAGGGGAUGUUGAUAGACCUCAAAUAUCCAUUGAAAGGCAAUACUGUUCCCUUUUGGGCUGUUCCUAUCGUCGCAAUAUUGUUGCCUUUUGCUGUCAUUCUCAUCUACUACUUCAUCAAAAAGGAUGUUUAUGAUCUUCACCACGCCAUGAUGGGCCUUCUAUUUUCUGUACUUAUCACUGCAGUUAUAACUGAUGCAAUCAAAGAUGGGGUUGGCCGUCCACGUCCAGACUUCUUUUGGCGUUGUUUCCCUGAUGGAAAAGGGGUGUUUGAUACUACCACAAGAAACGUUAUGUGCACUGGAGAUAAGAGUGUCAUUAAGGAAGGACACAAAAGUUUCCCAAGUGGGCAUACAUCUUGGUCCUUUGCAGGUCUUACCUUUCUUGCUUGGUAUCAGGCUGGGAAAACCAGGGCAUUUGACCGUAAGGGGCAUGUUGCAAAGCUGUGUGUUGUUUUCUCGCCAAUACUACUUGCUGCUCUAGUUGGAGUUUCUCGAGUUGAUGAUUAUUGGCAUCACUGGCAAGAUGUAUUUGCUGGAGGUCUUCUAGGGAUGACCAUUGCUUCAUUUUGUUACUUACAAUUCUUUCCACCCCCAUAUGAUGUAGAUGGUUGGGCACCUCAUGCCUAUUUUCAGAUGUUGGCAGAGUCUCGAAAUGGCGUUCAGUCAUCCACCAACACAAAUAAUCGUCUCAUUCGGCAGCAAUCGGAGCUUGAAAGUUCAUAUGUCCAAGCUCAACAUGUCAUUGAAAUAUCAGCAGUCGAUAUGCGGGACUCUGGCCCCAUGCUGGAUGCAAUGGAAGGCGGGAGAAGAUACUGACGUGAAAGGCUGCAACUGCAGAGAAAAACACUACCAGAUGUCCAUAUUCUUCAAGAUCAAUAUAUAGGAUGUAUGCGUGCUUGCCUGGGCAAAAAAGAAAAAGAAAAAAGAAUGUGUUCAUUUCAUCAGCAGAUUUUAGAACUCGAACUUUUAACAUGGAACUAACUUGAACCAUCCUCGUUCCUUGGAUUUAUUUUAGAGUUGUUUGGUUGUCAACCAGUGUGUUUUUUUUCGAUGCCUUGGGUUCUGAUAGGGCUAUAGAAGUAGUAACUGAUUUGUUACCCUCUCA